AUGAAGUCAGUGCACCAGGAAGAUGUGAUUCGGUUUAUCAAGCAACAUAUUAUUCAUAGAUUUGGGAUCCCAGAAUCAAUCACAACUGAUCGAAGUUCAGCCCUCGUUGCCAAAGAAGUGCAGGCAUUUGCAGCAGAGUAUGGGAUCAAGCUCUUAAACUCAACCCCGCACUUUGUACAAGGGAAUGGUCAAGCCGAGUCGUCUAAUAAGACGCUAAAAGGCAUCAUUGAAAAAAUGGUGGAAGAUAACCCUAGGGUGUGGCAUGAACUGUUAUCAGAAGCACUUUGGGCAUAUAGGACUUCUCAACGGUCAAGCACAGGUGUGACUCCAUUCAUGCUCACCUAUGGUCAUGAUGCAGUUUUGCCCAUGCAAGUGACUGUGCGGUCAAUGAGAUUCGCAUUGCAAAACAAUUUGACUCCUGCGGAAUACAAUGAAUCUAUGUUUUGGAAGACCUAG